AUAAACAAAAUGCAAACCAACUGACUCGGAGAAGGGUAUUCGCCAGAUUAAAUCCAUAGUUUCCCCAAGUCAUACCCAAUCUUUUUGCCCUCGUCCAGUCGCCAGCCUCGCCGCCGCCGCCGCCGUCGACCUGUUGCAGCUGCCACCGGAGGGCUCUCCUCUGCUGCUGUCUCGUACUGGUGCCGUGGCCGCUGCAGUCCUCGCUGCUACCAGGUACUCUGAAUAAUGGCAUGCAUGGGCGGGAGUUGUAGCACUAUACAUGGACAUCACACAUCACACGUUAUAAAUUAGUCUUAGGCUCAUUCUUAAUGUCUUAAUAGAUAUAAAGUCAAUGUUGACAUUGUGGUUAUGCAUUGCAUUUUCAUUCUCAUUUUCAUUUUUUCAUGUUUUGAACUUUCUUUAUUACACUUGUUCUUGAUAUUGUGGUUUAUCUCAUAGCGAUGCCUCCAAGGCGUCGUGGUCGCUGUGGGGGUCGUGGGAACAAUGGGGGCCGCGGUAACAAUUCAAAUGAGCAUAACACAGAGGUUGAUGGGAGCAGCCAUGGAGAUGCAGAAGCAUCCAUGAGCCAAUCUGCUAAUGAUAAUGAUGCCCCCGCUCCAAAUAUGACGCUCAGCAAGUGGUUGGCCAUGCGCUUGGACACAUUCGAUGGGACAGGGACACCCAUGGAUGCUGCAAGUUGGUUGCACACAAUGGAGAAGUAUAUGGGUGCAACAGUGAUGACCCCACAAGAGAGGGUUAUCUUUGUAGCUUUUCAGUUGAAGGGUUUGGCUGAUGAUUGGUGGGAAGGUGUUCGUGUAGCUUGGACUCCAGUCCAUGGACCGCCUACAUGGGAAGUUUUUGUUAAACAAUUCACUGCUAAGUACUACCCAACUUCAUUCAAGGAGAAGAUGGAUGUUGCCCUAAGAAAUAUCAAGCAAGGGGACAAGACCGUGGAUGAGUAUGAGACUGAAUUUAGUAAGAUUGUUCACUUUGUGGAUCAUAUUAAUCAGAAUGAGCCUGAGAAAACUAGGAGAUUUUUCGAAGGUCUCAAUUCAGAAUAUUGACAUGUCAUGGGGGCGAAUCGACCAAAAGAUUAUUUACUGUGGUUGAGCAGGCUAGGGGAACGGAGUUACAAAUUCAGCUCAUAAAAGCAGAGGAAGCUCGUACAAGUGGUAUCAGUGCCACCAGUGGUGGGCACAAGAGGAGCCAUCGAGAUGGAAAUGAGCUUAGCGAGGGACCUGCUGUCAAGAAGUCCAAGCAAGAUGAACAAUCUCAGCACACAUCUAAACCUAUGUCUCAAUUUUCUUCACCGUCCCAUGGCACGAGAACAAAAUUCAUGCGUCCCGCUCCAGGGCAAGGCAUGAAAGGUGUGGGCAAAACCACCGUGCCUCGGAGUGUGAUUUUUCUGGGACAUGUAACCAUUGCGGCAAGUAUGGUCAUAUGACAGUUGUUUGCAAGGACAACCCGAACUCCAUCAUCAAGUGGCAAUUGACAACCCCUUCUUCGGAAGAUUCUUCAGCAAGUGGUUCCUCUCAUCCUGCAAGUUUGGGUCGAUUGGACGCAGCCCCCAAGUGUCGGGUGCGUCCAAUGACAAGUUUUGGGUUGAU